ACGACUGGAAGGCGAUGUGGUACAGUCCGAAGGAGUCGGAGUGGAGCUCGGAGGGAAGGGAACCCGACUGUCACAGAAUCAUCGCUUGUAUAGAAGAAGUCAUGAGCCUAGCCCCUGCGGAAGCCUUCAACGCGCCGGUGGACCUGAACUGUUACCCCAUGUACUGUAUGGUGGUGGAAUAUCCCACGGACCUAACCACUAUCAAGACCAGGCUAGAAAAUAGGUGGUACAGGAGACUAGCGGCCCUGCACUGGGAGGUGCGGAGAAUAGAGCAGAACGCGGAGAAGUUUAACGAGAGUGACAGCCAGAUCGUCCGCUCCGCUCGCCUCAUCACGAAAAUCCUACAAGAGGUCAUCAAGGACGGCUCGUGUACGGACGCCAUCGCAGUGUUCAACAGGUUUGCUGGUGAGCAGGACGAGGUCGACGUGGAAGGAGACGCAGAGGAGGAUGAUGAUGAGGAGGAGCAAAGUGAGAACAAGAAAAAGAAACAGAGCUCCAGUAAGUCGAGACCCCGCCCACAGACGCAGGAGCCGCCCGAUCCCCACAUGUGGAAGCGUCAGUGCCGGGAACUGCUGAAUAUCAUGUUCCAGAUGGAGGAUUCCGAGCCGUUCCGGAAUCCUGUCGACCCCCUGGAAUAUCCGGACUACCGAAACAUCAUCGACACGCCGAUGGACCUGGGCACGGUGCGGGAGCAGCUGAUGGUUGGAGCGUACGAGAACCCCACGGAGCUCAGCAAGGACGUCAGGCUCAUCUUCAACAACUCCAAGACGUACACCCCCAACAAGAAGUCUCGGAUCUACAGCAUGACCUUGAGACUCUCAGCGUUCUUCGAGGAGAACAUCCGGCAGAUCGUUGCGGAGUGGCGGAGCGCGAAGAAACACGUGGAGCGGCUGGCCCAGAACAGGUACUAUAGGAAGAGUCAGGAGCCAGGGAGAAAGGCAGCGAGAAUGCGACGGGAGUCGGGCGCCUCCAGCACUUCCUCAAGAAGAGACAGAAAAACGGGCAUCAAAACGGAGGCCGGCCCAUCUACCUCAACCCAAAGGAUGGAGACAGAGGAUGAAGAUGAUGAUGAUGAUGAAGAAGAGGAGGAAGAUCAGGAGGAAGAGAAAAAUAAGAAGGCUGGUCCUUCUUCUUCUGCACAAGCAGUGCAGCCAAGGAGAACGGGGAAGGUGAUGAAGGGAGAGGAUGAGAGUGAGGAAGAGGAAGAUGAAGAAGAAGAGAACAAACCAGUGAAUUCCAGGCCGUCCAGAUCCAGCCAAAGAAAUGCUACCUCAGGGACAUCCAAAGUGCGGAUAAAGUUACCGUCGUCAGAACAGAGCGAGGAGGAAGACAGUGAUGAAAAGGAGCAGAGUGAGGAGGAGGAGGAGACGAGACCGUCCAGAACAACUCGGAGCACCAGGAGCUCUGCACUCAGAGAUUCAAGUUCAGAAACGAGGCCGCCGGUUGCCAACGGCCACACCAAGGAGUACAAGACCCGUGCGAAGGCGCGUUCCCAGCAGUUGUCGUCGGACAAGGACAGUGACAGCAGCAGUGGCAGUAGUAGUAGCAGUAGCGGGUCCAGCAGUAGCGAUAGUAGCUCUUCCGGCAGCGAUGACUCGAGCUCUUCUUCUUCAGACAGUUCCGACUCGGAAAGCGAUGAUGAGAAAACCAGCCGGAAACGGAAGACGCAAAACUCGUCGAGUAAUAAGAAGAGGAAGGCAAGCUCACACAGUAACGUGAACGGAAAGUCGCGGAGUUCGAAGAGGAGGAAAGUCGCGGCGUAUGAACAUGACUCGGAUUACGAUGACGACGGCGACAGGCCGUACAACACGAGAACUAGUAACCGAGGCACGCGGUUUUACCACGACCAUUCUGAUGUGGACUCGGACACAGACGCUGUUUCGAGAAGUAUCUCUCGCAGCGGGAGAGUCAGAAAGCUCACUCCUCGUGCGAGGGCAAACCUCGUCGGGUUCUAGAGAGCGGAAUCAGACUCGGCGCUUUUACAUGAAAGGUUGAACUUCGGUACAUUUCAGGCCUUCAACUCACAUCUGCAGAGCUGCUGCUACAAUAGUCUGAGGCACAUCGGUAGUUUUUUGACUGCCAUAAGUUCUCAAACGUACAAUCUUUGUUACUGAACUAGAUGUAGAGUUUUUUUACCACUCAGAGAACCAACCAGCUCUGUUGAUGAAGGUUAGACAUCCAGGUAAUUUAGAUAUGCUAAAUAGCAGUUACUCCAGCAACUGGAUAUGGUUUUGGAAUCUUCUCUAAGACCAUAUUCAGUUACUUGAGUAAGUGCUAUUUGGCGUAACCAACGUCUGACAAAAGCACUACCAGUUUGGUGCAUGGAUGCACCCAAUAGCAGGAAAAAGAUUAAGUCUCUUUUUGUAAUAUUCUCAAGAUUUUUGCAACAGAGCUAUUGGUAUCGUUUUAACCCUCCUCCCAGUGACUUAUGUUGUAGACAGUACAAAUCUGAUGCUCAAAUGCAUCCUUAGGGGAUGAGGGUUAAAUGUUUAGCUGAUUGACCAACGAACAAUGCUGACGUUGCCUUGUCUGUGUUGACAUAUCUGGCUACUUGAACUACCUCACAUUUGUACAAAGAGUUUGUAACGACACGAAUAGGAGUCUGACGUUUUUAACGAGAAUUUUGUACCAUUCUUAAACACAGUGCACUCUUUUUGCAACUAGGAAUAUUUUAGGUAAUGUUUAAACCAGGAGAAAACAGAGUUUGUAGUUACUACAUUUGUAUUAGCAUAUUACAGGGUUCCUACACAUAUGGAAAGUCUCUGAAGUUUUACCAAAAUUUGGAAUUUCUGACAGAUUUUCGAAGCAACUGUCUUAACUAUUUCACAGAAGUGUAGACAUCAACACAUGUACAUCAACCAUGAUAAAGAGUAUGCUCUUCCAAAUGAUCAAUGAAACUUAACAAACUGAAAUAAAAAGCCGCCAGGAAAAAAUUGACAUACUGCUUUUCAGUGAAAAGCACCAUCAACUGCAAUGACCUUGGUAUGACCUUUACAAGGUCAUGGAAUUCCAAGGUCACGAAAUUACACUUGACCAUGUGUAGGGGCCCUGACUGGAUGCUAGGACGUCUUUAAUAGUGUCAUGUCUUGUAAUUGUUGUGGUCUUGCAUUUGUACUGAAGUUUUGGAAGGGAGGGGGGUGCUAGGGUUGAUGAACACAGCCAUUAAGCGGUAAGGUCGCUUUGUUUAUGCUCCAGAGGAGUUGUAGAGUUGUCAGAUUUCCCGCCAAUUUGUUGCAGAAGCGAUAUGUUGUAUGUAUGCUGUACAUCCCCUACCAAUCAGUCUGUGGUACUGAACCGUUGAUUCAAGUGCAAUGUUGGGUUCUUACGUCACACAAUCAGUGUCCGUUAUCAGGGUCUUUGGUUAGUUACGCGUACAUCGAAAGUAACUGAGAUGUUGUUCCACAGUUGUAAUAUUUAGUGUUUCAUUGCUGGUUUUCUAAUUUUGUACUGAUUUCUGUUUUGUGCCGUAGAAUCAUCACAAAUCGGUACCAAUCAAAACUUAGCACAAAUUCAGCAAAGUAUCAGCUUCACCUCCAGCCUUGUAAGAAUUAGUCUGCCUAACAGUGAAU